AUGGAAGAAUCAGAUAGAUCAACCACAUUUGGUGAUUCUUCAUUAGACACAAAUCUACAAUCAUAUUCUACUACAGAUCACUUCAAUUUCACUUAUCAAACAAUGCCUGACCCGUUAGCCGUCUAUAUACCUGUAGCAUCACUCACCAAAUUCCUCCUAUGUUCUAUUCUUUGUGCUGUAUCGAAUCAAGAAAGAAUUGAUUGGAAUCAUAGUCGUCGUACUUUACUUGCUUUUUUACUGGCACUAAAUAAAAGACUCGAAGAAUUAAAAGAAAUUGCAAAUACAAGAGACGAGAUAAGCGACCAAAUCACUCGAAAACUCGAUGAAAUUCGCCAAUGGCUUGUGUAUGAAGAUCGUGAUGGUACUUGUCGAGAACCAAAUUGGAAUGAACUUCGUGAAACAUACCAAAAGAUGACUGCUGACAAAGUAGAUGAUACAUGGACAUACUAUGGUGGCCAUAAAACCAAGCCGUAA